CCAAAGGAACAAGCUUCGAGACUCCCCAGACCAAACCGUCACAGCCCACGCUCCUGACGCACUUUUCUAAUUCCUUCAUGUCGGUUUCAUCGUCCCAUGGCUUCACGUCGAGGAUUACGCUGGACUUCGCAAUGACGCCUGGCUUCUUGGCCUUCUUCUCGGCAUAAGCCUUCAGUCGCUCCUCGCGGGCCUUCUCGGCCUCUUCGUCGGGCUCAUCGUCGGAGCCGAACAGGUCGACGUCGUCAUCGUCGUCGGCAGCAGGAGCAGCGGUCUUCGUCGCCGCCGCCUUUGGUGCUCCCUUCUGGCCGGGGAACGAAGCCUGCUCAGAUUUCGAGAACGACUUGAUGUGGUUGUACCACCGGAGAGCAUGGGGGUACUUGUCGGCAGCCGGUGCGGCAGAAAGGGCCUCGAAAGCCGCGACGUCUGCUUGGGAUGGCUGGUACCCCUCGACGUAGCUUUUGUGAGUGAGAUGGUCGUUGAGGGAGUUCAGACCGCUGUCAGAUUUCAGGUCGCCGAAAGCCAUUGCGAGAGCUUGGGAGACACGUGCAAACUGCUGAAGGAGCACGAAGGAAAAGGAGGUGCAAUGGCGGAGUACGAAGUCAAGACAAGAGCACCACGCAGGCGCUUUCCCGUGAAUGUUUUUAUUCCCUCACUGCAAGGUGGAUCCACAGCCGGCUUUUCCUGGAUCUUUUUGGCUUGAGAGCGUACAAUCCAAGUUAAUCCGCAGAAAAUACAGAAAAUGGCUUCGUUGAGGCAAGGACUCCGAGUGUUCGUCGGUAAUUUAAGCUGGACAGUUGGGAAAAAGGAACUGCGCGACUACUUUUCACAGUUUGGAUAUGUGUCAUCUGCCAUGGUUAUCUUUAACAAGGAUACAGGGAUGUCGAAAGGGUAUGGGUUCGUUCGAUUUGGAAACAAAGAUGGCUUCAUCAAUGCUACCAGGCAGCAGCAACACGACCUAGAAGGAAACACGCUGUCGGUGCACGCAGCCGUGGAAAACAUACGGUAACAGAUCUGCUGCCACCCUGUAGGCAACCUUUUGGCAGGUAUGGAAACGUGACAUGGCUCUCGGUUUGCAGUGAAGAUUGAGAACGAGCGUAGGACAGUGUGUAGGACUGCUGUGUGACUGCUGUGACUAACCUGUUGUGGAUAUCCCCUGACGGCCGUAGUACAGACUUGUCCUUCCAGGAUCCAGUUGUCUAAGUACUCCCGACAAACCUUGCCCCUCUGCAGACGCAGGAUUGCUUGCUGAAGUUGACGGCUGUGCUGCACAUUGCCAUAGCCUGCGUAGUAAAGGAUGCGUUGAACAUUUCCCCCUUGCCAUUGUGUGAAGCGGAAACGAAAUUCAAAAGUGGCAACGUUAAUGGAAACCAAAUUCGCAGGACGUUUCCCUCGGUGUUUUCGCAUUAAUAUGAAAAUUAUACAUAUCCGCACUAUUCUUCCAUUCAUUCAUUCAUUCAUCCGUUUAUUUUCGGGACUUUCUUUCGUGUUGAGCCUACUGCACGUCAAGAUGGACGCGGAAGUGUUGGAUGACGUGUUAUUUUUGCGCACGAGCGGAGACUUUUGAAACUUAAAGGCACGUAUUUCCGCAACCUGAGAGGCAUCUACUUGCGGCAUAUAAGAUUCCUGACGAACUUUGCAUUAAAGUCUUUAGCGUUUG